AUGAGGGACCAAAUUGUCCAAGCUCAUGUUCAUAAGAAACGCGACGAAUUUAUCGCAAGCAUCAACGAGGACGACGUUUUGGCCCUCGCCAAGUCCCAUCAUAAAGGAGACAACUGCCGCUUUUUCAAAGAUCCAGCUCGUGGGAGCUACAACAUCUGCUUCUUCAUCGAGUUUGAUCCACCUGCAGAUCAGACCGAAAGUGAAAAUUCAGAUCGGGAGAGAUGGGUGGUGCGCAUACCGCUGACACCAUGUCUCGCCUUUGGCGGACGUAGCAAGCUGGAAAACGAGGUGGCUACGAUGCGCUAUAUCGCCGACAAGACGGACAUUCCAAUCCCAAAGAUUCAUGCUUACGCCAUCGGAGAUGACUUGGAUCCUCUAUCUUCGUUCAUCCUCCUUGAAUACAUUAGCGGCGAGCAGCUUUCCUGGGCCCAGCUAAAAUCCCUGUCCCCUGCCGACCGAGGAAGCCUUUAUGCCUCGAUCGCUGAUAUCUAUAUUCAAUUGAGAAGGCUCGAGUUGCCCUCAAUUGGAUGCCUGAUACCUGGCUUAGAUGGCAUUCGAGUUGGCAAGAAAACAGCUUCUAUUGACAUCAACAUGCAGGAGCUCGAGGGCCUACGCCCUUCAACGAUCCAAGAUUCCUUUCCGAAUAAGUCGUCUGCGAAUGAACAUAUGGAGAUGCUGCUCCAGAUUGCCGAGAAUGCAUUAAUAAAUGGAAGAAGUAGCAUCACUGAUGAACGAGGACCAGAAGAUCUGUACCACAUGCACAUCUUUCGUCAGUAUGCGCAGAAGUGGAUUGAUCACAGCCUUGACAAGGGUCCAUUUGUGUUGGUCCAUGGGGACUUCGAGCCACAGAACCUGAUUAUGACCAAGGAAUGGAAGAUUGCUGCUGUCCUGGAUUGGGAGUGGAGUCGUGUUGUCCCUGUCCAGCUAUUCCACCCCCCAUUGUGGCUCGUGGAGUUUGAUGCCACUCGUCUGGCAUGUCAAUGGAUAUACGACGCGCGAUUAAUCACGACGUUCUCGCGUUUCAAUAGCAUCGUCAGGGAACAGGAGAUGGCGAGAUAUGGGCAACCGAUGCUCUAUCAAGAGUGGGAGAAGAGAGGUGAGGAUGGCGGGUUCCUUGUGGCCAAUGCCUUGAUGAACUGGACCGAUAUUGACUACGUUUCUUAUCAAUACGUCAACGAGAAAUGUUAUGGGGGAUGCGACGACCUUGAUACUCGUGUUGCGGCGUUCAUGGAGGAGGACCCAUCUCGGCGCUGCCUGGUCGAACACAGGUAUCUUGAGGGGCAGGCCUACCUGGCUGAGUUAAGCUCAUUGCAGGACAAGGGGCCUGAAAGGGAUCGCACUUGA